UUAAUAUAAUUAACAAAACAUUUAAAACAAAUUGUACACGUACUACAAACCUAAAAUUAAAUAAAACAAACAAAUUGAAUUUUAACAACAAUAAACAACAAAGUGAAGUACAACAACACAAAACUUCUAAAUUCCCUUGUUUUACUGAGUCCCACAGCUAUCGAAAGAAAAGCAUUUACCAUUCACUUAUGCGGGUGUUGAUUUCGCGGGACCUUUUCAGAUAAAAUCAGGUAACUUGUGAAACUCUCCUUAUAUGAAAGGAUGCUUUUCAACAAAAGCUAUACAUCUGGAAGCGUGCUCUAGCUUAUCCACCGACGCGUUUUUAGCAGCUUUCGCACGGUUUACGGGUAGAAGAGGGUUGCCUAAACGCCUUAUGUCCGAUAAUGGCACAAAUUUUCUCGGUGCCAGUAGAUCGUUGCGAAAGGAAUCUCGCUUAUUUUUACGAAAAUCAGCUGAAGAUAUAAGUAAAAAAUAUGCAGUCCAUGGGUUUGAGUGGAAGUUCAUUCCACCUAGUGCUCCACAUAUGGGAGGUCUUUGGGAGGCUGGUGUAAAAAGUUUUAAGUUUCACUUUCAGAAAAUAACCGGCAACCAAAAGUUUAACUUUGAAGAGUUUUCGACUCUAUUAACCCGAAUUGAAAGUGUCCUAAACUCCAGACCUAUUUCCCCAAUGUCCGAGGAUCCUGAAGAUUUACAAGCCCUAACUACUGGUCACUUUUUAAGUAGAGCUCCAUUGAUGUUCGCUCCUGAACUGCCUUCAGAGAAUUUAUCGAUAAUAAACCGAUGGGAGCGGCUCCAGGCCUUUCAUCAUCGUCUUAGUCAACGCUGGAAGACUGAAUAUCUUCAUGAACUUCACAAGCGUUACAAAUGGAAAAACCCACAGCGGGAUUUGCAGAAAGAUGACUUUGUAGUCAUAAAGGAUGAGCUCCUACCUCCAAAUGAUUGGAAAAUGGGACAAGUUGGAUUAGUUCAUACUGGAAAAGAUAAACGCGUUCGUGUAGCUGACGUCCGAACAGCGUCUGGAACCAAUAGUCAAACUUUGCAUGCUUCCGAUUUGUGAUAAAUCAGUAGAUUGACUAGGAUUGUAUGUUGUGUAUGUCCUAUAUGUUCUGUUCAAAUUAUUCAAAUUUGUGUUAGCGAACCCAUUACUGCUGUUUUGUUUUGUUCUUCUUUUCCCUUUGCAGAUGGAUCAGUUCCCAGAUCAGUUCACAAUUAAACGAACAUUUACACUAACAAAGAAAACAUUUAAACAAAAAUAAUAACUACCAGUGCAGUGCACUUCAGUGAAGUGAUUCGCACACACACACACACCUCUAUUUACUUAAAAACAAAAAUAUAGAAUUUAAUACAAUUAACAAAUCAU